GCUGUGCUACUCUCUACACAGGGGGAGGAUCUGAAUCCUUCUGCUGGGAUUUCACUUACAAAGAGCCAGUGUCACAUUAAAGAUAAAAAGUGGGAAGGAGAAGAUGUCUUUGCAAUGGGGCUCACUCACCACCUGAAUUUCUUUUUCAAAGGAGACACUGCUUUGCAGGAGAAAACAUAGAUUUAGCUCCCAGUUUACACCACCUGGGAGAGCAGAUGUAACCAUGUGAAUUCCAGUUCGAGGUAACUGUAGAGCAGUGAUUUCUGUGCAACGGAGAGAGGGGAAAUACAAUCAUUAGAACUCCAGAGAUAGGAGUUCUUGAUAAGGAAAGAUUUAAAAAAAGAAAAACACCAUUCACUGAAUGCAACUUAUUAUGUGUGGGCAUCUGAUCUAAAUCCUGCCAGUGGAUCCAGACAACCAUUUUAAUUAAGUAGAUGAUCUUGUUUAGCAGAAGAAUCAGGAACAGAAGCAGCAGCUACAUUGUGCUAUAAGGGAAAAGGGAGAUCUCACAGCCUUGCCAGCAUUUCUUCAAGAAGGAAGGUUUACAUUUCAGCACUGGAUGCAUGAACAGCGACUGAGCUCCAGUUGGUGCCUUUGAUGUGUGUGUGGAUGGUCCUUAAAUGAGUUUUCAAUUCUCUCUGACGAUCAUGCUUUAUUUCCAGAUGGUGAUUAUGGCAGGGACUGUAAUGCUGGCUUAUUACUUCGAAUACACUGACACGUUCACUGUGAAUGUCCAAGGAUUUUUCUGCUUCGAUAGUUCGUACACCAAGCCCUAUCCUGGUCCUGAUGAGAGCAGUGACAUCCCACCAGUUCUUCUCUUCUCCUUGGUGACCGGGGUACCGGUGCUCGUGAUAAUCGUUGGCGAAACUGUAGUCUUUUGCCUACAGGUUGCAACCAGAGAUUUCGAGAACCAGGAAAAAACUCUUUUAACGGGGGACUGUUGCUACAUUAAUCCACUGGUGCGCAGAACUGUGAGAUUUCUUGGAAUUUAUACUUUUGGACUAUUUGCUACAGAUAUAUUUGUAAAUGCUGGACAAGUUGUGACAGGGAAUUUGGCUCCACAUUUUCUUACAGUUUGUAAACCCAACUACACAGCACUUGGUUGUCAUCAGUUUACACAGUUCAUCACUGAUGUCAACUCUUGCACUGGAAAUCCAGACCUUGUUAUCAAAGCCAGGAGAACAUUUCCGUCCAAAGAGGCAGCUCUCAGUAUUUAUGCAGCUAUGUACCUGGCUAUGUACAUUACCAGCACAAUCAAAGCCAAAGGGACUCGACUCGCCAAACCUGUCCUAUGCUUGGGCUUAAUGUGUCUGGCUUUUCUUACUGGGAUAAACAGGGUGGCAGAAUAUCGCAAUCACUGGUCAGAUGUCAUAGCAGGGUUUUUCAUUGGAAUAUCAAUAGCUGUUUUUCUGGUGGUAUGUGUUGUAAACAACUUUAAGGGAAGACAAUCAGAGCAAGAAAAAUCUCCCAUUGAUAACUUAGCUCAAAUGCCAAUGAUAAGCAUCCCUCGUGUAGAAAGUCCCUUAGAGAAGAACCACAUCACUGCGUUUGCCGAGGUCACAUGAUGUCGAAAAUGAUGCCUUCUCUCUGCACUGGACGUCCUCCCUCUUCACAGUCCAC